AUGGUGCUUGUGAAACGACAAAAUGGAAUGUCGAUUUCGAUGCAAAUGCUCCACCAGCUACAAGCCCUUGUCCGAGACUGGUUGGAAGGACGUCUGGAUACCUACAUGACCAUUACACCAGCGGCAAACUGGAACCACAAAACCUUCUCUAAUUGGAUUGAAGAGUCAAGUGAUUGGCCACUUCUACUGGCACAAUCACUGCGACUUUGGCUUACAGGAGGACAUGUAUAA